AUGGCCGCUCCGCUCUACGUCACACAGUCUGGUCGACUAUGGCACGCUGGUCUCAUCCUCAUUUGCACCGUCGGUCUCCCCGCUAGAGGCAAGACUCAUAUCUCCAGAGCAUUGGAGAGAUACCUUCGAUGGUUAGGGGUCAAAACUCGUGUUUACAGCCUGGGAGAUUAUCGUCGUAAGGUACUAGGAGGAGCCAAUAGCUUGCCACCAGAUUACUUUACCGCCAGUCCAGAUGCUCCUCGUGCCCCGACGACUGAGGCAUUACGAAAACGAAUCAAAGGAGAGCUAGAAGAUCAGAUCUGGGACUUUUUGAGUAUUCAAGGUGGACAAGUGGUCAUUUACGAUGCCAACAAUGGGACGAGAGAAGCGAGAAAAGAAUGUUAUCAAAAGUUUGAGAGUCGAGGGGUUCAUGUGAUCUUCCUGGAAUCCCUUUGUAACAGGAACGAUAUCAUCGAGCGUAACAUCCGUUCCGUCAAGCUCUCUUCCCCAGAUUACCAAGGAUGGGACGCAGAUCGAGCCGUCGCAGACUAUUGGACUCGUAUACGUGAACAAGAAUCAUUCUACCAUACUGUUGAUGUGGACGAAGGACCAUAUAUCAAAAUUAUGAAUGUUGGAGAGCAUAUUGAAGUGAAUCGUAUUGAAGGAUACCUUCAAACUCGAUGUUGUUUCUUCCUUAUGAACAUACAUACCAAGCCCAGGAGUAUCUAUUUUGCUCGGUCGGGACAAUCAUUGAUCGAACACUCUUAUAAGGCCGAUUCAGAUCUGUCUCCAGCGGGAUGGGAAUACUCUCAGAGACUCAAAGCUGCAGUGAUGGCUCGACGUAAGGCGUACAGGGAGGAGGAGAGGUUAGCUGGGAGAGAUGUCGCGCAGGAGCAAAAUCCUCUAAUCAUGACUCACACAACAGGUAUGGACUUCCACCCGACGUCGAGCGCAUCACACAGCUGGCCAUUCACCAGAGGGAAGUACAAAGUGGUACAAAAACAAAUCAUGUGUGAAAUCAAUCCCGGCGUUUGGGAUGGAUUGUCAUCUGACGAAGCUAUGAAGUUGUAUCCUGACGAAUGGGAGAGACAUCUGACGGAUCCAUACGCUCAUCGAGCUCCACGAGCAGAGUCGUACCAUGAUCUCAGUGUCCGACUGGAACCUAUUAUCUUCGAAUUGGAACGAUGUCAAGAGGAUUUACUGAUCAUCGGUCAUGCUUCUGUCAUUCGUUGUUUGCUCGCUUAUCUAGUCGGUUUACCGCCCAACGAAGUUCCCGCUGUCGAAAUUGCUCGAGGUGAUUUGGUAGAAGUCACACCCGCUUCAUAUGGAGUAAUGACACGUGCUUUUCAUUUCUGGUCCGGAGAAGGUAGAGGGGAUUCUACUGGUCAAAACUUAUACGAAAACUUUGCAGAAUCAGCUUUGAUGCAAAUGCAACAAGACUCUGUUGUAUUCUCCGCCAAAGCUCAAGAUAUGAGACAAGAAGCUAAAGAUGAAGAAGCUUUGGAUAGAGAGACAGAAGUCGGUGAAAGGUUGAGAAGAAGAGUAGGGAGUGGAGGAGCUUUUAGAUUGGAUGGGGAUGGAACUAGGAGUGCACCAAUGUUAGAAGGUGUUUUAGAACAUGGGGAUGAAGAGGUUUUAGAGGUUGAUGAUGGGGAAGUUAGUAGAGGUAGACCAAUGAGUGUAUUUAGACUUGAUUCAAGUCGGAGUCGUUGA